AUGAGGUCGAAAGUGGUGGAUCUCCUAAAGAGGAGCGUCCUGCUGACUGCCACCAUCGUCAUAAUGAUUAUUUGCCUAAUCUGCGGCUCCUUUCUGUCGGGCUAUAGGCACAAAGUAAAGAAAAUUGUGGGCAUUAUGAUACACUCGUUUCUGGCGACGGUAUUAAUAUUCGUGAUUUGCGACCCGGUCAAGUUUCUCAUUCUGGCCGUGGACAAGGCCUGGUGGCCGAGUCGCCACGACAGCUACUCGGUGGACCGGACAGCCAAGAUUCAUACGCGCAUGCACUACCUGAAGAUGAGGCUGAAAAUUCUGCGCUCCCAGCUGGUGGCCACGGACAAGCACUGCAAUGAGCCCCUGAAUCUGCUCUACCAGUCGAUCACGAACGACCUUUGGCUCUACGGCAGGUACUUCUUUCUGCUGAUGUGCCUGGUGGUGGUGACCUGGGACCAGCUGCUCUGCUACAAUACCAAGCACAUGGAGGCUCUCUUUGUGCGCAAUAAUUCGCACGGCUGGGGACUGGAGAAAGUGCAUUCGUUUGCUGACUUCUAUAAGUUCGUGGAGUCGACACUUGUGGAGCCCUUUGACCCAGACUUCGAAGAGACUGGACUGAGAACAUGGCUCUACGGCGAUCAUACUGCCAAAUUGGGAGUUGUUCGGUUACGCCAGCUGCGUGUCAAGGAGGGCUAUCACAUGGGCUGGAAGGAUCUGGAGUAUGAAACCAGGGACUAUAUGAGCCGAUGGCAGCUCCCCUACCAACAGUUGCCGUACACGAAUAAAUAUUGGAAAAUCUACACACCCUGGCUGCCCAUCAAUCCCACCCUCUCCGCCGAAAACAAGUUCUUUUUGAACUAUGUCCAUCAGGGCUAUGCGCACGACUUCAGUGAACUCGACGGCUACUCAACGCUGCUCGCACGCACCGCCAACAGCAGCAAGUUGGUCAUUAACUAUUUGACGGAUCAACAGUGGCUAACACGCUCGAAGACCUGCGCCAUAUUCGCGGACUUUACGCUCUUCAAUAUGGACGCAAACAUGUUCACCGUGGCCACGCUGACCGUCGAGGUGACGGCAUACGGAACGUUUGAGUACGCCACGCACAUUGAAAGCGCCAAGCUGCUGAUGCUCGAUGAUUUUAAUUCGAUAUACAAAAUAUUGAUAGUGUUCCUUUAUAUACUGGUGUUCUUGCAGUUCGGCAAGUCGGUGAUCAUUAUGCUCUGGUUCGAGCCGAACAAGCUCCGCAGCACAUGGGUCAAACUGGAUUUAGCGAUCAUCCUGCUGAACAUCACGCUGAUCUGUUUGCUGGUCACGCAUCAGAUUCUAUUGAACAGUCGGCUGAAAAGGGUGGAGAAUGCCAACGUCCUGGUGUUUAUCGACUUUCGCAUUCCGGCCCGUGUGCACAUCGCAAUCGAGGUGGGGUUGGGAUUUCUCGUCUGCAUUACCACGCUGCGACUGUGGCGCAUCCUCCAGUUCGCCAGGGUAUUUCAAUUGAUAACGGCCACGUUGUAUGCGGCCUGGAAGGCGUUGGCCAGCACGGCCAUGUUGAUAUUGAUAUUUCUGUUUGGCUUCGGCAUGGCCGUGGGCAUCAUAAAUGGCAACUAUACGAUCCAAUUUGCGAGCCUAACGAAUAGCAUUAUCUCGUCAGUGUGCUUUGCCUUGGGCCUUUCGCGGCAAUUAAACCCCGCCGAUCUGCUGCAUGGCGGCGCCCCUAUUGGCCUGGUUCUCUACGUAAUACUGGCCUUUUUCAUUGUCAUUGUGAUGAUGAAUCUAUUUAUCACAACGAUCAGGGAUUAUUUCGGUCAUGUUCGGCGAAAAAUGGAGGCCAGAUCCGUCUACAAUCAGAUUACGUUUUUGCAAUUUCUACGCGCCGAAUACGCACCAAUUUUCCGGUACUUUCUCGAGCUGCCCUGCUUUAAGAGGGGCUACAAGAGUCACAAUCGCACAGUCCACGAGAACAUCGAGAUCGCACUGAGGAGCAGAGCCAAGGGGUACAGGCCAAAGCUGACGUUCUAUGCCCAAAGCGCGGAUCACGUUAAGCAGCUGAAGGACAUCGAAAAGAGGGAAGAGCAAAUGAAGCACGAUAAGUACAAGGAGCGCAUUGAGCGGAUGCACACGAUUGCGGCUCUCAUGCAGACCCAAUUGGAAUUGCUCAACCACAUGCUCUUCACUGAGGCGAUGUUAGUUAGAGACUCUGAGGACUCACCGUAUGAAGCUUCCGAGUCUGAAUCUGAGCAAGAAGACAAGUACCGUAGAUAA